AACGAAUGGAAUUCGCUUGGAACACAUCAAAGUCGUGUAGAAUUCACAAUCGAAUUCAGUACGAAACACGUUGUCUUCAUCGACAGAACAGAAUUAGCAAACCGCGCUUCAACAAAUUCAAUACAAAAUUCAAAUGCGAAAAUUUAGCUGAAAUUCAUAUAGAAAACAACAACUAUAAUAAUAGACCAAACAUAUUGUUGUUGUAAAUAUAAAACGUUUCGGUGCGUAUUAAGCCAUUGAUAAGCGUGGAGCAAUAACACGAGACCAAUAAACCCUAUCUACAGCGAUUGUUUUAAAAAUAGCUUGUGACAAGAAGAAGAUAAUUUGUUACACAAAAACAAAAACCAACAAAUAAACGAAAAUAGAAACUGUAAUCACACAACAAUUGGAUCGAAUUUAAAGUUUGAAUUUUGAUUUCGAAAAGCCAAGACGCACUCUUAACGAUGAAGCAACAGAGUAAUCUACUAAAACUAUCGACUGCUUUAACGAUUGCGGCCUAUGUUAUAACGACCACGUAUGCCAUCUCGAGUACAUGGGGCAACAUCUCGAAUUCUGCGCAGUUGUUGCACGUGGAGGAUGUUUUCAAUGCGUCAUCGCCUGGCAAAUAUGUGAAUCGUGAAAUUAAAUUUCCCAAAAAUGGCGUUGGCAAUGGACGCAUCAUCACCGGCAUACGCGCCUUCGAUCAGGUGACAAAUGGCACCGGUGGCCACGCCACCAUAUACUCGGGUGGACCCGGUUUCAAUAAUGUUACCAUCAAGUUGCAAUCACAAUACAAUUAUGGACUAAUGUUUCGAGUGGAAAUCUACGGCCAAUAAGCAAUACAUAGCAAUACACACGAAUACAUACAAACAUAAUUCACCAACAUACUUCCUUUAUUUAGUAAUAAUUGUUGUUUUUUUUAACAUCUUUGUUUGUAACUAACGAUAGAUUACUUAUUACUAGUAAAACUAAGCAAAUUACACAAACAACUCAGACGAAAAGAAAAAACAAAUCCAAAGCGCACAAGAAAUUAAUGAGCUAUGUCUUUUAAUAUUAAACUUUUUAGAUAAGAAAUUAAACACGUAUGCUAGUAUGUGUGUAUAAAACGAAAAUAAAAUAAAUAAAUAUUAAAUAAGAAUAUGUUUAAUAAA